AUGAGCUCGUCAAGUGCUCAGCAUCGACGCAACACGUCUCUCGAUCCAUUCUCCGACCCCGACGUCUACUAUGGCGAUGAGGAUAACAUUGCUCGUAUGAGAGACCGUAAGCGGGCAUUCUCUUCGACUCUCAAAUCCUUCAAUCGGGACGAUAUUCAAGAAUUUCUCGGAGGCGGAUUUCCCGCAAGAAGAGCGAGUCACGAUGAGACGCCGGCUGUUCCCCGCAAAUUUCUCAUUGACGUUGACACAACGCUCCACAGUCUGUUGGAGCGGGAAGACACAGAUCGGAACAUGCAGAUUACGAUAGAAGAUGUGGGCCCCAAGGUAUUCUCCGUGGGAACCGCUGCAUCUUCGGGAUACAACCGAUUCGACUUGCGAGGAACAUACAUGCUUUCCAACCUCCUUCAGGAGCUCACAAUUGCCCAAGACUACGGUCGGAAACACAUUGUUCUUGAUGAAGCCCGUCUCAGUGAGAACCCGGUCGCACGGCUCUCUCGGCUCAUCAAGAAUUCAUUCUGGAACGCCCUGACACGGCGUAUUGAUGGACAUAACAUCGCUGAAGCUGGUCGCGAUCCCAAGGAUUGGACAGAUGACCCGCGGCCUCGGGUCUAUGUCCCUCCGGGUGCACCGGAGCAGCUUGAGUACUACAAGGGCAUUGCGGAAGCGCAUCCCGAGCUGCGCCUGGAUGUGCAGCUGUUGGACUCUAAUAUUACUCCGGAAUAUACCAGAAAGCUGAAUGACAAGCCCGGCCUUCUGGCAUUGGCCAUGGAGAAGAAGGUUGACGAAGCCACAGGGAAGACCGAGUAUAGUGGAGUUCCUUUCGUGGUUCCGGGAGGAAGAUUCAACGAGCUCUAUAACUGGGAUAGCUAUAUGAUGUCCUUGGGUCUGCUGGUCAGCAAUAGAGUCGACCUCGCUAAAGGCAUGGUGAUCAACUUCUGUUUCUGCAUCAAGCACUACGGGAAGAUCUUGAACGCAAACCGCUCGUAUUACCUCAUGCGUUCCCAGCCUCCGUUCUUGACCGAUAUGGCUUUACGUGUCUAUGAACGGAUCAAGAACGAGCCUGAUGCUAUGGAAUUCCUUCGAAAUGCGACGCUCGCCGCAAUCAAGGAGUACUACAGCGUUUGGACGGCCGAGCCGCGAUUUGAUCCGGUGUCUGGUCUUUCCAGAUAUCGCCCCGAAGGUGAAGGAGUUCCUCCGGAGACGGAGCCGACCCAUUUCCUUCAUAUUCUGACUCCUUAUGCCGAGAAGCACGGCAUGACCUUUGAAGAAUUCGUUGAAGCCUACAACGAACGGAAGAUCCUGGAGCCAGAGCUCGACGAGUACUUCCUGCACGACAGGGCCGUGCGAGAGUCGGGACAUGACACAAGCUACCGUUUGGAGAGGGUCUGUGCCAACCUGGCUACCGUCGAUCUUAACUCGCUGUUGUACAAGUAUGAGGUGGACAUUGCCCGCAUCAUCCGCACCUACUUUAAGGACAAGCUCGAGAUCCCACAGGAAUUCCGGACGGCGUCGACCCAGGAUAUUCAAUUCGAGUCAUCCUCGGUCUGGGACCGUCGCGCGCGCAGAAGAAAGAUACGUAUGGACACUUACCUCUGGGAUGAAGAGAAGGGAAUGUAUUUCGACUAUGAUACUGCCAAGCAGGAGCGCACCACGUACGAGAGUGCCACCACCUACUGGGCAAUGUGGGCUGGCCUCGCGACACCCCAUCAAGCAUCGCAGCUGGUGCAGUCCCUCAAGCGGUUCGAGGCCUACGGAGGCCUGGUCUCGGGAACCGAAGAAUCUCGGGGUGCCGUUGGCCUGGAUCGGCCUAACCGGCAAUGGGAUUACCCGUACGGAUGGGCACCCCAGCAGAUGCUGGCAUGGACGGGCCUGAUGCGCUAUGGCUACCAAGAGGAAGCCGAGCGCCUGGCAUACAAGUGGCUGUAUAUGAUCACCAAGGCCUUUGUUGAUUUCAACGGCGUUGUCGUCGAGAAGUACGACGUCACCCGGCCUAUUGACCCACACCGGGUGGAUGCCGAGUACGGCAACCAAGGUGUGGAUUUCAAGGGGGCUCCCCGCGAAGGGUUCGGAUGGGUCAAUGCCAGCUACGUGUACGGGCUGGAAAUACUCAAUGCCCAUCAGCGACGCGCCCUGGGAGCCAUCACGCCGUAUGAGACGUACAACAAGGCGGUGGCUGUCCAAGACUUCUAA